CAUGCCUGGACCUACCGGUCGGUCUACGCGCGGCAGCAGCUGCAGGAGGUGCCCGGGCUCAUGUCCAGGAUGGCGGCUCUGAUGGGACUCGACUUCCACGGAGAAAUCCCAGAUCCAGAGUCCGUGGAGCAGGUCCUGGAGGAGAUGUGGAAGUACAACCAGACCUACCAGCUCUCACAGGGGUCGGCAGAGCAGAAGGUUCCGGUGUGGUACAUCAUGGACGAGUUCGGGUCUCAGGUCCAGCACUCGGACUCGCCCUCGUGUGGACUCGCCCCGUUCUUCUGCGUCCCAGAGCAGGUCACCUACUCUGUCCUCUGGCCCCUGGAAGAUCUGGACCAGGACGACGAGGUGACGAGGGAUUACGCGUACGGGGAGACAAACCCGUUGAUAAGGAAGUGUCGACUGUUGCCGUGGAAACCCGCCGACCUCGACGACGUCAGCAGCGAAACAACGGAGCCUUCGGACGAAUAUUACCUGGCGAUCGCUCAAGAAAACAAAGAGCAGCUCCCGGUCGAGAUCGAAUCUUUCACUGUUCCUCACGACAGAGUCCUGAAAGUGUACUCGGAGCUCUCUCAGGUCAGUAAUAAUCUGACUCACCCUCGGUUUAAGUUGACGGACGAUCAGGACGAGGCCGACGUCAUCUGGGCCUACAACCACAUCAAGGACUUCAGGACUCUGAGUGAACUGCGUCCUCACGUCCUGCUGAACCAGUUCCCGUGCGAGAGCCUCCUCACGGUCAAAGACUGUCUGUCCGCCGUGUCCCGCCGGGUCAAGUCCGACUGGCUCCCGCUCACCUUCAACCUCCAGACCGAGCUGCCGCAGUUCAUCCGCUGCUUCCAGACCAGAGCCCAGAGAGGUGAAGACAACCACUGGAUCUGUAAACCCUGGAACUUGGCUCGAGGUUUGGACACUCACAUCAGCAACAACCUGAACUGCCUCAUCCGACAGAGAGAAAGUACACCAAAGGUACAGGAUAUUAUAACAGAAUAUGAUCUGAAAUAUAUAGGAAAAAUAACUGUACAAAGAGAGAGAGCAGGCCAAAGGUACGGAACUAUGUAAUAUAAUAUAAUAUGAUCUGAGGCCCCGUUCACACGAGUGUGUAUGUGAGUCCAGAUGUGAUGGGGACUGUGGGACUCCUGAAAACUCUGAUACUCUGAUGUAGGAGCUGGAGUCUCGUCCUGAUUGGACACGACACUGUGACUCGCUCCUUCUGAUUCUCUGGGUUUGUGACGUCGUCAUGUGACGAUAUUGAGGAAAACAGUUUAAACAAAAAACAGAGCAGCAAACUCAAACUCACAGAGGCCAAAAUUAAAAACUAAAGACUGGGACUAAGUCGUGGGUCAAAUUAAAUAUUUACUGACAAAUUUCAACAGCAUCUGCAUGUUUUCUCUUCUUUCGAGAUCUGUAAUGUUAAAUCUUUUCUUAUUAAAAUAAAUGUUUAAUAAUA